AAGGAAAGGCCGCCAAGCCCGCCUUUGGGGAUGAAGCGGAUCAGAGCCUGCUCUACAAAAUGACGGGGCUCAACCUGCAGAAGGUUUUUAGGCCGGUGAAGAAAGAGCUUAAACCACCCAAGUACAAGCUGAUGACAGAAGCGCAGCUGGAAGAGGCCACAAGAAAAGCCAUUGAGGAAGCUAAAGAAAGACUCAUCAUGCCCCCCGUUUUGAAGGAACGAGAGCCAAUUGAUGAUGUCUUAGCAGAAGACAAAUUCCUUGAAGGAACUGAAACUACAAAAUACGUGUUUACAGAUUUAACUUACUCCGUUCCUCAUCGUGAGCGUUUCAUUGUAGUUAGAGAACCCAAUGGUGUAUUACGCAAAGCAACCUGGGAAGAACGAGACAGAAUGAUACAGAUUUUCUUCCCAAAAGAAGGGCGCAGAGUUAUUCCUCCAGCGCUAUUCAAGGAUGAACACCUUGGGGCUGUGUUUCAGCAAGACCGACACGAGGAUAUCCUUAACAUGUGCAUUGCUCAGUUUGAACCAGAUUCACCUGACUAUAUCAGAGUUCAUCAUCGGACAUACGAUGACAUUGAGAAGCACGCCAAAUACGAUCUGCUGCGUUCAACAAGGCACUUUGGAGGAAUGGUGUGGUAUCUGGUGAACAGAAAGAAAACAGAUGGCUUACUAAUAGAUAUGAUCAACAGAGACCUGCUGGAUGACGCCACAAGUUUAAUCACACUGUAUCACAUGCUUCAUCCUGAAUGUCAGUCAGCAAAAGCAGCUCAAGAAGGGAAACUGCAAGGAGCUGAUCUGAUCAAGGUAUUUGUGAAAACUGAAUCACAGAAAGAAGGCUACAUACAACUGGCUCUCCAGGCUUAUGAAGAAGCAAUGGCUUCUACAGCUUCAUGAAAUAAACCUUAAUCAAAACUUUUAAGUCUGUUUAGAAACACUCUCUGUACAGGAUACCACAAUAAAUACUU